GUCAACUUGGACAGGGCUUUAGCGGUAGUUGGUUACUUCCGGCUCCCAGUCUAGUAGCCCUACAGCCACCUUGUGUCGAUAGCUUGCUUAUCAGCACGUAUUCGGCAUACGGUGCUUGCUGUGUUUCCUUUUACGACGGAAAACCUGCGAUGUGAUCGACGUCAUCGCCUUCCCUAUCUAUCGUUCAAGUUGUCUAUAGAAUUAUGUCAGCCUUGGGCGACAGCGUGACGCGAAUGGCAUGUGAGACAGGUGUGCCUCUCAAGGCCAGGGAAUGACUCGAUCCGCUCACGACGUAACAGAAAAUGACCUCUCGGCCGGAGUGUGGUGGCAUUUUAAGGAAAUAUUAUUUAUAUACAGACUAUAAGAAGCAUGCUUCGGCGUUUAGUUCAUCAGUGAAAAUCAGUCUUCAACUCAUCAACUGAUUGUUUUGCGACACCAGCAAAAUGUCCGACGUCACAGACGUAAAGUCCCCUCUCCUUUCGCCAGAGACGAGAACCUCCGCCCCCUCGUCCGGGUCGCCUUCCGCGCCAAACCCAUCGAAAGCCCCCGCAGCAGCAGCAGCGCCCCAGAAACCCGACCCAGCAAGCCAGCCGCCAGAUCUAGCGCGCCUAAAGCCGAUCACGAGCCUAACCUGGGGGGCGCCGGCGGGCCUCUCCCCGCGCGGCCCCAACGACGAGAACCUGGUGAUCUUCCGACGGGCGCUGGGGAUCAACUACCACCGGGAGGCGACGGACAGCGGGACGCUCGAGGAGGGGCGCAAGACGGCGAUCGGGAUCUACCGCUCGGUGCUGCGGACGCAGACGCACAAGACGAUCCAGCUCGCGCUGCUGACUGCGUUCCUGUACUUCUGCUACUUCGCGCAGAUCGUCAUCGGCGCCGUGCUCACCGCCAUCGGCCCGCACUCCGCGCGCUACGAGACCCUCAUCACCGUCCUCGGCGCCCUCAACACCGUCAUAGCGGGCAUCCUGGCGCUGCUCAAGGGCUCCGGCCAGCCGCAGCGCGUGGAGAAGGACCGCGUCGGCUUCCGCAGGCUGCAGGACUGGAUCGAGGAGACGGAGGCGCUGCUGGCGGUGGGCGUCAUCGGCCGCAAUAGGAAGGAGGUCGGGCUGUUGGUUGAGAGCGCGUUCAAGAGGUAUAACUCGGCGAAGAUGAGCGUCGAGAACAAUAGCCCGGAUUACUACGCCAAUCAGCCGGAUAUGAGCGACGAUAUGACGGAUGGGCCUGGUAAUGGGAGUGGGAAGCCGCCGAUUAGGUCUAUUCAGUGAUGCGUGAGUUUUUCUUGGGUUCUUUUACGUGUACUUAGGUAGCUACGGAAAGGUUUGGUUGACUUGGGGGUGUCUUGGGGUUUUACAUGGUACAUUAGAAGGUUAGACAUCUUCAUCAGAUUAUAGAAGGCGUUCUGGAGCCUUUGCAUGUACAUUAGUAGGUAUGGUCUUUGGCCAUUGGUUGAGGAGAUCAUCAACUAGGAACCUAGGCAGUAUAUAGUUUCUUUCUAACCUAGUAGCCGCGCGAAAUGCAGAAAUAUGAUACCCUACAAACCAUUGUUUGAGUUUAUUGAAUAGAGUACUCAGGGGCUUGGGCCACGAAAGCUUUCCCUUCAAGCUACAUAAUGAUAUCCAUGCC